GUGACAAACGGUAGGACGUUACCCUCUCACAUUGGAUUGAGAUCCGGCCUACCUUUCACUAUUACCCGUUUAAGCCUCAAAUCCCAGGAAGUUUAGAAAUAAUUUAACUGUAAAACCCUAAAAGCUAAAAUCAUUUAAAACCUUCAAAUUUCUGCAAUACCCAAAGUUUCGAACCUGUAACAAUGUCUACUCUUGAAAUCGAAGCUCGGGAUGUGAUUAAGAUAGUGCUUCAAUUUUGCAAAGAAAAUUCGUUGAAUCAAACGUUUCAGACUCUACAAAGUGAAUGCCAAGUAUCUUUGAACACAGUAGAUAGUCAUGAGACAUUUAUUGCUGAUAUUAAUAGUGGAAGAUGGGAUGCUGUUUUGCCUCAAGUUUCCCAAUUGAAGCUUCCUAGGAAGAAAUUGGAGGAUUUAUAUGAGCAGAUUGUUCUAGAAAUGACUGAGCUUCGAGAAUUGGACACGGCCAGGGCAAUUUUGAGACAGACACAAGUAAUGGGUGUUUUGAAACAAGAGCAGCCUGAGAGAUACUUGCGGCUCGAGCAUCUUCUCGUUCGGACCUAUUUUGAUCCUCAUGAGGCUUAUCAAGAUUCAACUAAAGAAAGACGUCGCGCGCAGAUUGCACAAGCUCUUUCUUCAGAAGUUUCUGUUGUGCCUCCAUCACGAUUGAUGGCUCUGAUUGGGCAAGCUUUGAAGUGGCAACAGCACCAAGGUUUACUUCCUCCCGGAACUCAGUUUGACUUAUUUCGUGGGACUGCUGCAAUGAAACAAGAUGUUGAGGAUAUGUAUCCCACAACCCUUACGCAUACUAUCAAGUUUGGAAAGAAAAGCCACCCAGAAUGUGCUCGAUUUUCACCAGAUGGACAGUUCCUUGUUUCUUGCUCUGUUGAUGGAUUUAUUGAGGUAUGGGACCACAUUAGUGGGAAGCUCAAGAAAGACCUACAGUACCAAGCUGAUGAGACAUUUAUGAUGCACGAGGAAGCUGUCCUUUGCGUUGAUUUUAGCCGAGAUUCUGAGAUGCUUGCGUCCGGUUCUCAAGAUGGAAAGAUCAAAGUGUGGCGUAUAAGAACUGGUCAGUGUUUGCGACGCCUCGAACGUGCUCACUCUAUGGGGGUUACAAGUCUUUGCUUUUCUCGAGAUGGAAGUCAGAUAUUGAGUACAUCAUUUGAUAGUACAGCUAGGGUGCAUGGUUUGAAGUCUGGAAAGUUGUUAAAAGAAUUCCGUGGACAUUCUUCUUAUGUCAAUCAUGCUAUAUUUACUAAUGAUGGUAGUCGUGUGAUCACAGCUUCUAGUGAUUGCACUGUCAAGGUUUGGGAUGUCAAGACAACUGAGUGUUUGCAGACGUUCAAACCACCACCGCCUUUAAGGGGUGGAGAUGCUUCUGUUAAUUCUGUCCAUCUUUUCCCCAAGAAUAUGGAUCACAUUGUUGUUUCCAACAAGACAUCAUCGAUUUAUAUCAUGACGCUCCAAGGACAGGUCGUGAAGAGUUUCUCGUCAGGUAAGAGAGAAGGUGGAGACUUUGUUGCUGCUUGCGUAUCACCAAAAGGAGAGUGGAUUUACUGUGUCGGUGAAGACAGGAAUUUGUAUUGUUUUAGCCAACAGUCUGGUAAACUAGAGCAUCUGAUGAAGGUGCAUGAAAAAGAUGUUAUUGGAGUUACGCACCAUCCUCACAUAAAUCUUGUUGCUACAUAUGGUGAAGAUUGUAGCAUGAAAUUAUGGAAGCCUUGAGAUUUUUCGGCAGGUUUUAUCAUUGUUUUUUCGUAGCAGUUUGAUAGUGUAAAUCUGUAAGUUUUGUAACUUGUAUUUCAUGCUUCGGGCUUGAGACAUCCAAAUUGUUCUUGUAGUCACUUUAACUUAUUUAAUUUAGAGAAAUUAUAAUUUAUGAAUUUAUUCGAGUUUCUUUUGUC